AUGUCAAAAGAAGACGAUCACUGGAAUUUAGUUAGAUUACGUAGAUUACGUAAGGGGAGAGAAAAGGAAGAAGACUUAUCUAAAUCGGAAAUAUCUUUGGAUAGUUUGCAUGAAAGCUCCUUUGCGGGAGAGGAUGAUGAGGACUGCGAUGCAGAUGUCCUAUCAAACACUAGCAGUGAAGAAUCAGCACAGUUAAAUCGUAUUUAUGAUUUUAGAACAACAGAUGGAUUCAGCAAUGUUGGAGCCAAUAUUGGUCAAACUGGAGAUUCUACCGUUUCAGAGUCGUUCGAUACCUUAUCGAACUCAAAUGUUGGCGGAACAGUACUGCCAAGUUUAGAGGGGUCUAAACUAAAGGAUAGUGCGAUAAGGGAAACAGAGUUACAAUUGUGUGACAUCAUAGAUAUAAGCGAAAGCAAGCCCACUAAAUUGAAGAUGUGGCAUGUUAUUAUAUUGUCUUCACUGCUUUCUAUGACUUUUUCAUACUUAGCUCUCGAAUACUCUCUAACUGGUGAUUUGUUAGGUGGUUUUAAAUCGCAACGGAUGUUACGUAAUAAUGAAAGGAAACUAUUGUACGACAACAUCAAUUUCGUUGAUAAAAUAUCAUACGACUCAACAAGUGACUCGUUAAGUCAGUGGGCUCCUUCGGGAAAGUAUUAUGUCGAUUUCGACAAUCAUAUCGCAUAUCCGUUGAAAGAUGAUGACCUGGUGGGUUGGAAGAGAUACAAAACAGAUAUAGUUAUUUUUUGGUAUACAACUAAAGCUCGAAUGAAAGAUGGCUGGUACAAGAGGGUGAACAAGUUGAAAAGAGUAAACACGACGCUGCAAGCUUUUCUCAAAAAUGCAUUCAGGUCCACACAAGAAACCAUGAUGAUAAUGUAUAAAGAAUUGGACUUUCGCUGGCAAAGGCUCUCCACACCGUUCCAUAAUAAGUAUAUGCAAUUCUCGCCACACCUUAGAAGGGUUUUUGGCCUUUCUUGUCGAGAAAUGAAGCAUUUUCGGUCAUGGGUCAGGUUACAGACGCAUAAAUUUAAUUUCAACUUAAUAAAACCAUUUCGCAUCUCCCAAUUUAAAGUUCGCAAAGAUGCAAACUGGCUCCUGAGACGACUAAAAUGGUCUGGAUUGAAAUUUCAACACUCAAGAAUAUACAGAGCGAUAUCUGAAUGCAAGAAAAACAGGUACUUUAAAUGCAGACAUUAG